UGGCGCUGUUACCGACUUGCUUGCCGCCGCCACGGACAUGGAAAGAGAAGAGAAGAAGAAACGCUAGCGUGAGGAGGGUGUUUUGAACACGAUGAGCGGCCAACAGAAGUCGGACUAUGCCAAUAUUGAGAGUGCUGCACGGAACUUGCUGUCUCUCUUAUCAGCAAGUGUCAGUCAAGGGCAGGUUGAGGUUCCAGGCCAGAGCCAAGUUCAGGUUCAGAUUCAGGGUCAGCGUCCCAGCCAGGGAACUUUUCAGGAAUCAGGAGUCAGGAGGCAGGCCAAUGUGCAGCAGGAGAUGUCAAAGUCUUUUCCUGCUCUUUUUCGAAGAGAACGAACAAGUGGAAAACGCAGGUUUCCAACACCACUUAAAAUGGUUUCAGCACCAUUUACAAAGGCCACAAAUAUUCAGUUUUAUUUACUCCCAAAACCCAUGACCAGAACUCCACAGGGGUCUCAGGAGCUCAGCCUGUUAAUGGCAGGCUUGGGAAAACGCAUGAUAUCAGUGUCUGAACACUGCAACCAUGAAGAGAUUUCAGCAAUGCUGCUGCUUGAAUUCCCUAAACUGGAGACUUUGUCUGGUGGAUGGCUGUUUCAUAAGGCAACUGGAGGGAGUGGCCAGAGAAAACUUGUGUUGAUCCCACCGGAGUCUGAAGGCUACACUGCAAAACUGCUUAAGACUGUGUCCAAUAAUGGAAGACACACGAUUUUCAUCGUUCCACUUCAAAAUGAAAUAGACACUACACCACUACCUUCUGAUGCCCCUGAAUUCAGAAAAAUGCCCAAAUCUCAGUGCAAGACCUGUGGAGAAAUUUUACCGUUACAAGUUUUGGCUCUGCAUGUAGACUCUUGUGGCAAGUCUACAACAGAAGAAGAAAAUGAUGAGAAUGCUGAUGAAAAACAAGAUCAGGAUGUUUCAUUUGUAUCCUGCAGCCAGAACACUUCAACAGUCGCUGCAGAGACUGUGUGUCCCAUUUGCCAAGUAGUGUACCCUGCUGACAUCAUUGAGAUGCAUGCCAGUGCCUGCAGUGAGAGGUAUGUUGUUGUCCCAUCCCAGAUAGCACACGUACGUCGCGGAGAUGUCUGCGCGAUGUCUUCUUUUUCGUCUGGAAGACGUAUUAUAUAG